UUUUAAUAUUCACUGGACCCAAAAAGAAAAAAGAAAACUAGGAUACUAAUGAUACGGAGAUUAAUAAGCUAUAAUAAUCCGUAAAAGUAUAUCUAAGCCACCUAAAAAAUUUGGAUUACAAAACAAUUAAUACGGUUACAUAUACCUUCCUAUUAAUAUAUAUCAUCAUCAGAACGUUCCGUUGUCAAGGACGCUACAAAAGAUUAGUUUCUGGUGUAUAGAUUAAUUUUAUUGACCAUUGCGGUAAUCAAUAAAUAUAUGCUCCAUCACAGCUGUAUCAAAUAACACGUAGUGAGCCAAAGAAUACUCGCAGCCAAUCAGGCUGAACUAUACGAAAAUUUGCGGAGACUUAGGCUUUAUCAAGUGCACUCGAAUCGAGUGUCUUCUGCUCCACAAAAGACGUUCCUGGAGUCGUUCUCCAUAUCAGGGACAUUGAUUUUGUAAUGGAGCCGCACACGGAAAAAAGGCGACAUCGCUCAUACGCCCUUCUUUUCCAGCUGAGAAUAGUGCUGCUAGGCUGGGCUUUGGUGUGGGUCCAGUCACCUAACUUUGUUUUAUGUGGCGAAAAAUUGGCCUUGUUGUCGGCAACUCUUCGCACGUAUCAGAAGGCAGCAUGCGAUUCGGAUCAGGUGGUAAUAGCGUGUCCUCGCGGCACCAGCAUCUCUAUAGAAUUUGCCCAGUACAACAAGUUCGUGGCGAAAGAUGGCUACAGCAUUGAAGAUCUGUGCCCUCUUUCUGGAAUGACUGGUCCAGAAAUCCGGGGCAAGGCGAAACACCUGCUACGCGGCUCCAUAUUUGGAUCAUCUUCUCUAAAGGUGCCGGCAAAUCGCUACGUAAAUAAUGGGCACGGUUAUGGUCUUGCAAUAGCAAUGCCAUCUACCAGCGUUGGAACAAGUGAAACUGUCGCCGAGUCGGCAGCUGGAACAUCUGUGUCAAUUGUUGAAGUGCAAAGUGCCGACGAUACCAGUGACAGCUCUUCCGAAAACUGCAUGUGGCCCAAUGCUUUACAGUACUCCUUGCUGCAGACGGUAGUCGAGGCCUGCCAGAAGAAGAAGCAUUGCAAGUUUCACGGAUCCCCGCAGUUCUAUGGACAGGGCGCCAGUGGAGUGGGUGACAGUUCCGGAACUAGUAGCUAUCAUAGCAGCACGGCCAGCUCCAAUGGAAUCAGCAGUGACCCAUGCCCAAAACGCAGGAAAAUUGUGGAAGUUGCCUACAAAUGCCGUCCGUAUGAGUUUCGCAGUAAAGUGGCGUGCCACAACGAUGUUGCUCAACUGGAGUGUAAUCCGUACUCCCGAAUUGCCGUAUACAGCGCCAGCUUUGGCAGAACUGAGUACGAGAGCAUCCAAUGCCCCCAGCCACAGGGCGUUCGAGAAGAAACGUGCCUGGCCUCAUUUGCCACGGAAACUGUGAUGCAAAUUUGCCAUGGAAGACGGCGAUGCAACCUGGCUGCAGACGCUAAUACCUUUGGAAGUCCAUGCCAGGCAAAUUCCCGGAUGUACUUGAAGGUUGUUUAUACAUGCGUGCCAAAGCAAGUGCUCAAAGAAAGUAACGAAUCGGAAGUGGAGACAGACGAAUCUGAGGACUUCGAGGGCGAUAUGAACGACCUUUACGAUGACGAACUGAUCUACAAAGAGUCGGAGGCAAUUCCAAAGCUGUACAGCAAUGCAACAACGCUAGGACGCCGGAAUAUUACCAACGGACUUGCUCAGGGAAAUGGCCCUAGUCCGUCUGGCAAUCAGACCAUAACGAACAGCUCCCUCGUCGCAGAUGUGGAUAGUAAUGACGUGAAUCCUGUGAUGACACAUAGCGCAGACUUAAGUCUGGAGGAUGACCAAGAGCGUUUAUAUUUGUACCUGCUUAUUGUGGGCUCUCUCGGGGUUGUCUUUUCGAUAGUGAUUGUCGCCAUUAGAUUGGUCCUUCAAAAGCGCCGGGGUCUAACUACUGACACGCACUCAAACUCCUCGACCAAGGGUGGUGGAGUUUCAGGAGGUUUAGUUGAAGAGACAACUAUUCCGAGCGGCUUUAACGACACAAUUUCAGAAAUAGACGGUGAGAUCGACCUGACAACCCCACUGCCUUUGCCAAGCUUGUCCCAGAACGAGAACUACUUGACAUACGCGCCGGCGAGCAGCUUAUACGCUGGUUUAUCCCCAUCUCAGCUAACGGCUGGGACUAGCUCAGGGCCCGUCUCCGGCCUGAUGGCAAAUUCGGUUUUGGCGGGGGCUCAACAGUCACCCGACAUUAUAGGUCUGUCCCCCACUCCGGGAGCAUUUGUAGCCACCAGCAUCGCCAGUGCGGGCCAGGGCCCAGUGGCGGGAAUCCUGGCCUCCGCUAUUGUAAUUGGUUCCAGUGCUCCCCGAAGCAGUGCCAUAAGUACCAUGGUACCCAUUUCCUCACUAGCUCAAUACACAACAGCGCCGACUAUCAGGGGAGGAUAUAUCAUAAACACUGAAGGCAUGGGGCUUCAGCGGCCAAGUAACUCUCCGACGCCGCCAACCUCCAUGGCCGGAGGUUCUCCAGCACAUCCGCCCACUCAUACGCUUCCGUUGCCCUCUCCAUUGGCCAUGGCCCCACUGGGCCAUGUUUCAAUUCCCAUGACUGUUGGUGGCGGCACCUCGACGUUGCGCCGCACAAAGGCACCGUUACUGCAGACGCAGCUUUCUUACGAUGGCACCGCUCCACGCACACUAUCCACCGGCGUGGCUGUGGGCUCGCAGUUCUACUACGGAUGACAGAACACGUUGGACUAUGAGCCACAUGUAUAUACCGCUUCCAUGUGCGGACCCACGGACCCACCUAGUGUUGGCCCUCUACCGGUUGAAGCUCUAGAUCGAGAAAGUAGUUGCGACGUGUUUUUCGGGCCUUAGUCAUUACAGACACUACACAAAAGCCCUACAAGGCUCGAGGAGAAUUGCCAACAAAGGACAAUACAAGGAUAACUCUAGCCUGCUCUUAACACUUCCAGGCAAUUCCAAGAUCCAAUCUGAUUCCCAGGACUCCCAGUCCCCUGAGUCAAAAGAAGAGGCUGACUUUAAGCACGGAUACGUUUCGGUAAUCAGCAAUCUGUGUAAAUAUGUAACGAAGAAGUCUUCUUUUUAUGUAUAUAAUUUUUGUAUUGAAGUGGAACAGCAGUAGAAAUAUAAUUGGUUUUUGUCUAAGUCGA